CACACGCACUCAUCCACCAAAUUCAAUAGAGAAAAAAAAUUCAAUACAAAUGUUCUGUGGCAGCUGAUUGUUUAUAAAUUCAAUUCCUCAAAUGUUCUGCGGUACCUGAUUGUGGAGUAAUCCGAUUCCUCAAAUGUUCUGUGGUCGCUGAUUGUGGAUAGACAUGGACCGAACGUCAAAGGUGCAUCAACCCCGGUUUGACAGUUGGAGGUGAUUGUGUGAGUGCGGCCUUUUUUUAUUGAAGUGACAUUUGACUAAUAUGGAGGGUGAAAGUCGGUGUUACAAAAUGCCACAAACCGUGCCGCGGUCCGGGUGCAGCCCGCCUUCAGCAUCACAAGGCGAGAGAGCUGUCCCCACGUCUCCAGCUGAUCUGCAGCACCUGCUCCGUUUAUUAGGGGCCUCGUCGCCGCCAGAAUCCAUGCUUCACUCUCCACCGAACCUACACACAAAACCUCCGCCACCAUAUCCAGAGGAUAAUAACUUCUUGGACAGGCUGUACGAUUUUGAAGGAUAUCCUACCCCGUCUCCUUCGUCAGACGAAGGCUCGAUUCCCACGGUGGCGCUGCAACCAUCUUCCCCGUACAGUUCACUGCACUACACAACACCAGUGUAUAUCAAAGAAGAACCAAACAGACUGUCUGUGCCUGGAUUUGCCUCACCCUACCCUCUGUCGCCUUCUGGAUCCUGUGUAUCUUAUGGAAGCCACAAUCAGUAUCCUUCGCCUACACCUCAACCCGAAGAAUAUAUCGACAUCGAGCAAUUAUUAAAAGAGAAUCAAAUAUUACAAGACAGCACACAGCAUAGUUACAUAACCCCUAAAACAGAGAUAGAAGAACCAAGAGAUCAUAUAUUAUUGAGAUCAGUACUCGAAGAUACCACAUUCCAGAAGAGAUUCAAUCUUAGACCCGUGCCUUUAGAGUUGGGAAACGUAAAAAUGGAGGAGAGCAGUGGUGGUGACGACCUGGUGGCACCGGAUAUUGAUCGUGUGCUGUCAAUGGCCAUUGAACAAUCUAAAAGGGAUGUGGAUAGCACUUGCACAGUCCUCGGAAUAUCGCCAGAUCCAAUGCUUUGGAGUACGGCGGAUGUCAAAGCUUGGGUGAUGUUUACAUUGCAACAUUUCAACCAGCCAUUAGUACCGUCCGAGUAUUUCAAUAUGGACGGGGCUGCACUGGUGGCUCUUACAGAAGAAGAAUUCAACCAGAGAGCUCCUCAGUCGGGAAGCACUCUGUAUGCUCAGCUGGAAAUAUGGAAGGCAGCAAGACACGAGUCGUGGAAGACUUCUCAGUGGACUGACCAUCAACCUUCGCCUACACCUGUACCGGCCGCGUUACCCUCAGCCGACGAUAUGAGUGAAGAUGAAGAUUCAGAGUCAGCCGGUACCAGUGCGGGAACAACGGUAGGAAAGGCUAAAACUGGCAGCACGCAUAUACACCUCUGGCAAUUCUUGAAAGAGCUUCUAGCUUCGCCACACAUACACGGGUCGGCGAUACGAUGGCUAGAUAGAAGUAACGGUGUCUUCAAGAUCGAAGAUUCAGUACGCGUCGCGAGGCUCUGGGGCAAGAGAAAGAAUAGGCCCGCGAUGAACUACGACAAGUUAUCGCGUAGCAUCAGGCAGUACUACAAGAAGGGUAUUAUGAAGAAAACCGAGCGAAGUCAGAGGCUUGUCUACCAGUUCUGCCAUCCGUACUGUUUGUGAAAUACUCGGUAGUUUUUAAUACGUAGUUUGUAAUGUAAAUAAUUUAUUUUGUAAAUACGUGUGUGCGUGAGCCGCGGUAAUGCGGACACUACGACGCUGGCCGCGUUUUGCGACUAGGACGCAAAACGCCGCGCAGUCUUUGAGAAUGACGAUUGCCGAAUUUUCACCGGUGGACGUUUCCUUAACCGGGAAUUAAUAGGAGUCGUGCACUAAGCCCUCCGCGAGAUUCGGGAAAGGUAAUUUUCUCUGGAAUCUCAGCGGACGGGGAUGUCUGUUGUGUUUUAAUUUUAAGGUUUUUUUUACCGGCGACUAGACGUUCGCGAUUAACUCAUUUUGGGAUACUCAAUUACGAUCGCUUACGUCGAAAGUCGGUAAUGUUUAUCCCAUAUAUCUAUGAUAUAUUUCUAGUACGUUCUAUGAACUUUUAGAUAAGUAACCUGUAAAUAGAUGUUAAGUGUAAUAUUAGAAAAUAAAUUAAAAAUAAGUGCCUUAAUCUACGAGACUCAUAUUAAUGUGAUUUAAAGAGAUUCGACAAAUGUAUAUGAUAGGUACUUAUUUAAUCAACACGAAAUUAAUUAGAAAUAAAAUAAUAAUUUAUUAUUAAAACGACGAGUUACGUCGGAUUUAAAUGCAAUACUAAAAGUAUAAGCGUGUUAACAAAAGUCAAGAUGGCGGAAUAGAUGUGAAAACAAAUUGGGUUGAAUAAAUUUAUUAAAUUUUGUGCCAAAUAGAUAUUUAGAAUUUAUUCGGGACAAAAUUGUUUAUAUUUUUAUUGAAAUGUGAUAAAAAAAUAAUAAUAAUUAAGCCCGCCGAUUGUAAAUAUUGUAUUUGUCAAUUAAAACAUUUACUGUAUAAUUUGGUGCUGGGUUAUUGUGUAAACCAAGUUUACUUAGUUAAACUUCAAAUCGACGCAGUUAGCGUGCCGUUCGUGUUAUGAACAUUUUAUAAUUAAUUAACUAUUAUCGGACCAAACUAAUUUAGAUCUAAUCAAUCGAUGUAUUACGUGAAUAAUAAAAAC